GAAAUGUGCCUCUCACAGAUGCAAGCAGGAGACUUGUCUGAAGGGGAGGAGGGGGAAUCUGCUCACCCUCUGCGGUCUAUGCCUGGAGUGGGCCCGGGGUGCGGUGAGGGUGAAAGAGUGACCCAGGACGGAAAGAAUAGGGCUGUAACUGUACCAGUGGUGGAGAGAGCAACCUGGACCAGACAGAUGGAUUUCAUCAUGUCAUGUGUAGGAUUCGCUGUUGGCUUGGGCAAUGUGUGGCGCUUCCCUUACCUUUGCUACAAGAACGGAGGAGGUGUGUUCCUUAUCCCCUACUUGUUGAUAGUUUUUUUUGGUGGCAUCCCAGUUUUUUUCCUGGAAAUCGCUCUGGGACAGUUCAUGAAGCAGGGAGGGGUCUCUGCCUGGAACAUUGCACCUCUUUUCAAAGGUCUUGGCUUGGCUUCAAUGGUGAUUGUGUUUUUCUGCAACACCUACUACAUUAUGAUUCUAGUGUGGGGUCUCUACUUUCUCUUGAACUCUUUCACCAACCCACUGCCAUGGGCCACCUGUGGACACCCUUGGAACACCCCUAACUGCUCAGUUGACUUCUAUCGCAUUUGCAACAACAGUGCUGACACUGUUAAAGACAUGAACCUCAACAACAGCUGUAUGGAGACUGAGGGCAAGCGCUCCCCAGUCCUGGAGUUCUGGGAACACAAAGUUCUCCAUCUGUCUGGUGGGAUUCAUCAGCCCGGUAACAUCAACUUGGAGGUGAUGCUGUGUCUCGUAGCCACCUGGGUCAUUGUUUAUUUCUGCAUAUGGAAAGGAGUGAAAUCUACAGGAAAGGUUGUAUACUUCACAGCUCUGUUCCCCUAUGUAGUUCUGGUUAUUCUCUUGGCCCAUGGUGUCACCUUACCUGGAGCUUUAGAAGGGAUUAUAUACUACCUGAAACCAAACUGGUCCAAACUGGGAGAAGCACAGGUGUGGAUUGAUGCUGGUACACAGAUUUUCUUCUCCUAUGCCAUCGGACUCGGUGCUCUGACUGCACUGGGCAGCUAUAACCGCUUCCAUUACAACUGUUACCAGGAUGCAUUUUUGCUGGCUGCCAUUAACAGUGGAACCAGCUUCUUUGCAGGCUUUGUCGUGUUCUCUGUGUUGGGCUUCAUGGCUGCAGAGCAAGGUGUGGACAUCCUUAAGGUAGCUGAGAGUGGUCCUGGCCUGGCCUUUAUAGCAUACCCCAAGGCUGUGACAUUGAUGCCUCUGGCACCAUUGUGGGCAGUACUCUUCUUCUUUAUGUUACUUUUAUUGGGCUUGGACAGUCAGUUUGUUGGGGUAGAGGGUUUAAUAACUGGAAUCAUGGACAUGCUUCCUCCUAAACUUGCUGAAGGCUACCUGCGGCGAGAGGCAGUAACAGGCAUCUGCUGUUUUAUCUGCUUCAUCAUUGACUUGUCCAUGGUCACAGAGGGAGGGAUGUAUGUCUUCCAGUUGUUUGACUACUAUUCUGCCAGUGGCAUCACUCUGCUGUGGCAGGCUUUCUGGGAGUGUGUGGUGAUUGCUUGGGUCUAUGGUGCAGAUCGUUUCAUGGAUGAUGUGUCUCGUAUGAUUGGCUAUCAGCCCCUACCCUACAUGAAGUGGUGCUGGUCCUAUAUCACACCCCUUGUCUGUGUGGGAGUCUUCCUAUUCCAUGUGGUUAACUACAAGCCCCUAACCUACAACAAUGUGUACACCUACCCCAUGUGGGGUGAAAUAUUUGGCUGGACAUUGGCUCUUUCCUCCAUGCUUUGUAUCCCACUUACUGUUGUCUACAAGUUACUGUGCAGCAAAGGAUCACUGCAGGAGCGGUGGAAGCACCUCAUCACACCACUAUGGGGCAGCCACCACCUGGACUAUCUUACCCCAGAGGAGGCCAAACUGCUGCCUCCUGCAGGUGCCAAGAAUGCUCAUCUCUCCGAAAGUGUCAUCUGAAAUUGAAAGUGUCAAAAUUGUCAUAAAACACAGCCAAUGUCCUCUUUUCAAUAUCAGUAAACGCCACACUAAUUCAACAAGUACUAGUGAAUGAUAUACUGUACACCUAGUUUGGUAAAAGCAAACUGCACAUUAAAAUGUUGAAGGUAUGGAAAAACAUGUAGGCAGAUACCUCCCACGGACCUAUGCUUGUCAACUAUGUUACACUGUAAUAUCGUCUCGCUCACUUCCAGUUUUGAAUGUUUAAAAUGCACAAAAAGACUGUACCAUUAUUUUGGACCGAUACUCACAAAAAUGACUUAAAGCUUUCCUUUCACAGAACUCCAGUUAAUGUGCACUCUUACUGUUUUUUGUGUUUUUUGGUCACUGUCAAUAUGAAAAAAUAUGGAGUAGGCAGAUUUGGGUCACAUGACGAUGAUCACGCCCUAUUAUACUGUAUGCCCUUGCUUGAUAGGGUAGUUGGGUAUGCAUUUUGAUUGGCUGUGGCCGGGGCAAUUAAAAGUGACGCAUGUGGAGUGAU